CAGGCCCUUAAACGCACCAACCGACACCCUCCGGCCAGACGGUGAAAACUACUGAAGGAAUCCAGAAGUUAGUUAGUUUACCGGCGGAGCCAACUUCACAUACCUUCAACAAGGAGGAGGAACGAGCUGGGCUUUCUACAAACAAGGAGGGUUAACUGCCGCAGAAUAUCGAGCUCGGUGCAACGGGGGGAUUCUCCAAACCUGACAGCACCAACAUGGAUGACAUGACUGUGGAACAGGUCACCAUGAGGGCCAACCAAGUGACUGACGAGUCACUGGAAAGCACACGGAGGAUGCGGCAGAUGGCAGAGGAGAGCAAAGAGACUGGAGCAAACACCUUGGUGAUGUUGGACGAGCAAGGAGAGCAGCUGAGGCGUGUGGACGAGGGCAUGGACCAGAUCAACCAGGACAUGAGACAGGCUGAGAAAAACCUGACUGACCUCUCCAAGUGUUGCGGCCUCUGCGUCUGCCCCUGUAGCAGGGUGUCGUCUAUCGAGAAUGACUCAAAAUACAAGCGUACCUGGGGCGUAAGAGGAGGUGAUGAAGGUGAUCUCAAUGGCUCAAAGAUAGUCUCAAGGCAGCCCUCAGGUGCUCGCAAUGGCCGGGCUGUCCAGGUGAACCAACCGGCGCCCUCAGGCCCGUACAUCAAGAGGAUAACUAACGAUGCACGCGAGGAUGAGAUGGAGGAGAAUCUGGAUGCAGUGGGCAGCAUCAUUGGCAACCUGAAAAAUAUGGCUCAGGACAUGGGCAGUGAGAUAGACAAGCAGAACAAACAGAUUGACAGCAUCACCGACAAGGCGGAAAUGAACAGGAUGCGUAUUGAUGAAGCGAACAAGAGAGCCAACAAGCUCAUCAACUAGACGAGGAACUCUGCUUCUGCCAGUUUUAUCCAUUAACCUUGAGCCUCUGUCGCCACACACACACACACACACACACACACAAUGCAUACUUGCGCACAUGCACGAACACACACUCUUUGACACAAGAAAAAAGAAAUUCAGUCAGGAAGAAUAUCUCUGCCAGCAGUGUGCUAGCCUUUAUACUGCACUAUUAUGUAAAUAAAAUAACUUGAUUACAUUUUAUAAAUUGGCAUCUUUGACACGUAUCCAUGUAGUCAUGCUGGACUUUGAGAAGCAGCGAAGGGCAUCAGGAACUGCACCAAAGAGGAAGUGACUGACUGCCUGUCGCUGCUGUUCGACAACAAAUAUGCACCAGGCCUGUUGUAUCAUAUCUCAACAUUCACAGGAAGGGAAGUAGCACAGGGUUGGCUGCCUUUCUUUCUUAUUUGUUCUCUGUUGUGCCUUUCUCUUAAAGUCAAGAACUAUGAAUUGUCUCUCUUUUGUCUGUCUCUCUAGUUUGUAUGGAUGAGGUCAUGGGCAGCUCAUUGGCUGUCUUUUUAGUGAUAUGCAGCACAGCAUUCAUUAAUUUAUCACCCCCUGUUGGACAUAUCUUGAUACAGCUACAUCUAGUUUAAUCAUAAAAACAUCUUACUCAAAUUCUUAUUGGUUCCGUGUGUAAUUAAGUUAAUCGUAAUGUGUAUUAUUUUCAGAUUAAGUGCUUAUUUAAUUAUUCUUUAUCAAGAAGCAGAAAUGACUUGUGAAUAAAGUUGUGUAUUUUAACACUUUGUUCUCACGUCAUUUACGCCAUUUCAGAUGUAAAAGCUAUUUAAAAAAUAUAUAUAUAGUAAAUGUUGUGCUUUUGGAGGGAGUCAUGGCAAAUCCUUUUCAUGCUGGAAUUCAAAGCACCUACCCCUGAAUGAUAGCAAUUUAAUGUUUUUAAAUUUUCUGACUGGUGAAAAGUCGAGGUUGUUGUAAAAUUGUGAGGCGCUAAAAUUUAAUAUAUACUAGUAAUCACUUGUCCUUCAAAUGUGAAGGAGGGUCAGUAAGCAUCAUGAGGAACGUUCAUCAUUUACUCCUCCAAAGCAUCUAGUUUAUUUUAUAAGAACACUGAACACGUGAAACAUAGCGGUGGUUGAAUAAGUUGUCAUCAAUGGAUCAAUUGCUGUACUUCAUAUUUAGUGUCUCUCGCGUUUUUUUCGCCCGGUGUGGAUGUAAAUACUGAAACAUAUUGCAGCUGUUUAUAUUAAUUGCCUAUAGUCAUUCUGUUAAUCUAAUUUCAUUCGUCUUUCUUCGUCACCUCCUGGUUAAUAGAGAUUUAUAGCACCCGAGAGGAGAUUUAACAGCCUAUACAGGGUUCCUAGUAAGUCUGGUAAUAUGCGGAAAAUUAAUUUCCUCAAGUUUGAUAAUUGCUCUUUAAAAGUAUGAAAACAAAUGUUCAGUUGUGAAACACACGGCUGUACGUUGUUUAAUCCGCUAUCAUUUCUCAUGCUCACUAGGUCGUUGUCAUUAUGGCAUAUGCAGCAGUUUUGUCAUAAUGAAAACAACCCGGAAUGUGAAAAAUUAAAGAAAUUAGUGUGGAAAAAACAUAAUUUAGAAAUGGGAGAAUGUGCAGGAACCCUGUCGAUGCCUUCUAGAUGAUCCAUGGUUGUGUUGUAACAGCCAUUAUAUCGCAAACAGCUCCUCUUGCAUCUGUUCUGUAUAUAGCCCGUUUUUCAACAGCAGAGCUGCAGUAAAAUGAUAAUAUCUGAUGAUGGAAAGCAUAAUUUGUUUUGUCGAAAGCCGUAGCCAGGCUGAGAAAUUACUGCUGGCAGCAAGAUGCAGAAGUAUACAUGUAAAUGAAUGAUGUUUAAGGACGUAGAAGCGGAAUAAAUUCCUGGCGGGCUCCGUUAAGGCCUCGCUGUAGAAAUUUGGAUAGUGAUAAAGUAAUACAAUAUGCUGAAAAUAUCUCUCGUAUGCAUCUUCUGACUUAUUUGUUUUGAAGAAAAAACUAUAAUUUGUAUGCUCUGCUGCAGGCAUACACCUAUUGAGUUUGUAAAGAUUGAAAUGAACUGUUAUUCAGGGCUUUGUACUGCUAUAAGUGAUCAGCCUCAGCCUGUUACUUGUCGGCUGAGAUCUAAUUAGUGUAGCCUGAGGCUGACUCGCUGUCUUGAGGCUGUUUAUUCAUUGUUUUACCAACAGCCACUGGAAUGUAAAUCCAACCGUUUUGUCGAUUUUUGAAUAUGUUCAAAUGCAGCUUGUAUUCUUAUCUGAAAUUAGCUUACAGUUGACGGUUCAACAAAACUAAAAAAUGCCUUUGUUUCACACCUGCCUCUGUCAAAUUGUUUGUAUUCAAUAAAUCUAUUCUGAAAUUAA